AUGGCAGCCGAACUUGAAAGGACCGAGCAAGUUCGCGCGAAGAUUCAAAUCAAGAAUCCACUAUUGCGAAAUGCGCUCUCCGAGUUCUUUGGAACUUUCCUCCUCCUUUUCAUUGGAAUUGGAAUUGUAAUGCAGUUCAUUCUUUCCAACGAGAAGCUGAACACUUGGAUCAACAUCAAUUUGGGAUGGGGAUUGGCUAUUGCGUUCACCGUCUAUACCUGCUCUAAGACCUCUGGAGGACACUUCAACCCAGCUGUCUCAAUUGCUUUCUUGACUCUUGGAAAACUUCCAUUCAAAGAUUUCCUCGUCUACUGUGUCGUCCAAACCAUAGGUGCCGCUCUUGGAUCUGCUGCCGCUUUUGGACUUUACUAUGAUCAAUUUGUCAAGUUUGCCGGAGCUUACCGCACCAUCCUCGGGCCAAAGGCUACAGCCGGAUGCUUCUGCUCUUAUCCAGCUCUUCAUGUUUCCAACACCACCGCCUUCUUCGAUCAAUUUGCUGGAACUGCUCUUCUUGUGCUCUUCGUUUGCGUCGUCAUUGAUAAGAGAAACGGAAUCCCAGGAGCCGCUCACCCACUUCUCUUUGGACUUGUCGUCAUGAUGAUCGGAACUGCCUAUGGAAUGAACCUCGGAUACCCAAUCAACCCAGCUCGUGAUCUCGGACCAAGACUUUUCAGUUUCUUCAUCUACGGAUCUGGAGUCUUCAGCUACCACUCGUACUACUUCUGGAUCCCAGUCAUUGCUCCACUUUUCGGUGCUAUCUUCGGAGCCUGGUCCUACACAUUCUUCGUUGGAGCUCACAUUCCAGAUCAACGCGAAACCACCUAUGUCCUUGUUGAUGAAGCCAACCAGCCACUGAAACUUGCCACCGACGCUUAAACACCAAAAGAUCAUCUUCAUACAACUAGCCGCUUCACAUUGGAAUCAAUUGCAUAAUAAUGUUAAUAAUGAUUUAGUCAACCAUUUUCUCAAUUUUUGAAGUAGUAUUCUUUUUCAUCCUUUCCUGGCUAUUCUUUCAUCAGUUGUUUUGCAUAAUAAAACAAAA